AUGGAACAUUUGAAAACAGCAUCGCCAACAAUUGACGAUGUAGAAGAUGUCCUUUCCAAGAUUGAAGUUUACUUACAACAAAUGAAAAUAAAUCUAAACAGAACUCAUGAAGUUGAAAAAACAUACUUCAAAAAUGGGGACGGACCAAUACAUAUACAAAGAUUACAGGAAGUUGCCAAUCAUUUGAAAACAAUCUAUAGACAUCUACCGCAGUUCACAAGUGGAGAUCCGUUUCAGGUACUGCAUGGCGUGGCGGGGAUCGUAUCUUCAGUCUCGUCCUUCACCGGAUUGGGUGGGCCGGCCGUUCCGGCUAUUUGUGGGGUGUUAAGUAAAGUCUUCACCGCAUUUGGGGGUACGAAAAUAACUAUAGCGGAAGUCGUCGAAAAUGAAAUCCGACGAACAUUUUCUGGACACAGCAACGAAACACUUCUGGAGGAGGCUGAAGACCUCCACCUCAUGUACCGUUUUGCAUUUGACUUCCUAAACCCAGCAAGUGAGAAAAGUAACUUUACUGAGCAUGAUAUAACUAACAUGAAUAUCCAAAUGAAUGUUUUUCAAGGUGUUACGUUUCUUCGUAAGUUGGGAAAGCUAAUCAAGGAACUAGCAAAAGAGCACGAGGAUACACACCCUAACAAAAAGAUCGAGAAGGCAAAGAAAGCAAUGGAUUUCAUUGAAUUAUACAUCAAACUUGCGUUAUUGCGAGACAUGCUUUUGUUGCAUUUCUAUGCAAUCAUUAACUCUACAACACACAGUCAUUAUCUGGCCGGUGGAGUACAGCGGGUGCUAGGCUCAUUUGAUGAGCAAGAUCGAGCAGCUCUUGGGCUGUUUCUCAAACCGACAAAAGAAUACGUCUACAUUGUUUCAUACGUCAAGGAAGAGGAGUGCGAACUUUUACUAAAGUUUCUUGACCAGAAAAAACUUACACCGGAUCACUCCUGGUUAGCACACGGGGAAUUUGAACUUUAUUCACAGAAAUGGCCGACAUAUCACGCUACACGCAUGACAGCACAUAGAUCGUUUUUCGGAAAUGGGGAUUUGAGGUUCAUACGUGGUACCUAUGAUUCGGUUGGACCGGAAUCAUUAUUUUGCUUUAAGCAAAUCGAGGAGAAAAGAAACUGUUUUUACAUAACACAGGGGAGAAAACUAGACGAGUUGAUUUGUAUGACUAAGGGCCCAAAUCGAUGGGUGAUGUCUCUAAAAGACGGCCCCAAACACCAGUGCGAAUGGAAGGUUAUCCAGAUGGACAACGGAAACUAUGUGUUUUCUCCACGUGUUUUUCCUGAUUAUUUCAUGGGCAUGACUAAGCUGUUGGAUGGAAGCGUUGCAGGAUUUCUCGGGGGUUAUAAUGAACAAAGUCACUGGACACUUCGGGCAUCGGAUUGA